AACAACUAAACCAUGGGCUGUCUCCCAACCAUACCAUCAUCAUGCAUUUCUUAACUCUUUAGCUUUUUGCUUGGAAAAAAGAUUUUAUAAAAACAACCCUCAUUUCCACUCCUUUCCAUCAAACAAUCACUUUGAUUCUUCUUCCUUGAGCCAUGUUAGGGAAGAGAGUUCGACCCUUGAUCGGAAACUUGCCGGAGCUACUCAUCUCACCCACAAAUCAGCCUUUUGGGAUUCGAUAAGAAGCCCCAAAGGUCCAUUAGAUCUUAAAACCCCGUCGCCGAGAGGUUUAACUUGGUACGACGCCGGUGGUGUUGGCCUCGGAAUCAUUGCUUCGAUGGAGAAAUCUAUUCGGAGCUCGAAUCGGCCGACGGAGGCGAUCGGAAAAGGUGGACUGAUCGGAGGAUUCGAGGGGUUGGAGAUGAAUGAUAAUUCGGAAGAUUAUACGUUUGUGAUAAGCCAUCACGGACAUGGGAAAUCAUCGACCAAGGUGUAUUUUAAUGAAGAACAAAGACAUGACAGAAAUUGGUUCUUAUUCGGAGCAAUUAAGGAAACACCGUCGCCUAAAUCUUCGUCUUCAGCGGUGGAGAGAUUCGUUGAAGGUGAAGAAUACCCAACCUCGUAUUUUCUCAGUUCUUGUCAUCUUUGCAAGAAAAAGUUGCAUGGACAGGACAUAUACAUGUACGGAGGGGAGAAGGGUUUCUGUAGUUCCGAGUGUAGAGCAACACAGAUAAUGAUUGAUGAGAGGAAAGAGAGAUGCAAAUCAGAAGCUUCGAAAUCUGGGAAAAGUUCAAGCUUGAAUUUUGAUAAUAAUUCCGGGCAGAUUUUCUCCACUGGGAUUCUUGCAAUUUAGCCUUUGAUCAAACCAGCUGAAUAUAAAUUAUAGGGAAAAUAUCAUACAAUUUAUGAUAGGAUUAAUAAAUUAGUUUAGUUUUCACGAUCUUAAUUUAGAAUAAGAAGAAAUAAAUAGAAACAAAUGAAAAUUUUGUUCGAAUUUGAAGAGUUGGGGCAUAUAUGCUGUAAUGAGAAGAUGUGAAAUUUGAUAAGAAAUGUCCUUUUUG